AUCGUCAAAAUCGUUACUAGCGAACGUGUUAGAUAUAGAUGACGACUUUCGUCACAAUUGUAGACCACUAACCCCUGGAGGUACACUGCCACACAAUCCAACAUAUUUCAGGACUGUUUAUAGUAGCGAUGAUGGAAGUAUGGGACCGAUCGGAAGCAAUCGAAUGCCAGAUGCAAUUGCGCCACCACACACGUGUUUCACAUCAUCCGCUGAUUACGAACUAGCUUUAAUAUUGAAAGAGAUCCGUUUUAUCACCGAUCAGAUACGAAAGGAAGACGAGGACAGCGACGUCUCCAAGGAUUGGAAGUUCGCGGCCAUGGUAGUUGAUAGAUUGUGCCUUAUAAUUUUCACGUUUUUCACAAUAGUGGCUACCAUAGCUGUUCUAUUUUCGGCACCGCACAUCAUCGUUUCGUAGCCAUAUGGAACAGGCUAUUGUUAUUGGUUUUAUCACCAAAUCAAUUUGUUAAUCAUUAAAUUAUUAUCGAGACUUUUUAAAUAAAUUUCAGGACUGUAGUAAAACGUGAGAAAAAAAAGUCAGUUAGCAAAAAUUACUAGACAAACAAAAAAAUAAAAAUACAAUGCGGGCCAGAAUUUAAAGCGGUGCAGGUCAGGUGCAAGAAAACAAGAAAAAAAUCAUGUCGGACGGCUAGGUCGAAGACACUAGUCGAAAAAAUGAACAUAAAAAUAGUAAAAAAAGAAACCUUACAACUAAGGUUAAGCGAAGGGAGAAAAACGUAACAAAAAACAGACAAAGAACUUUUUUUCGGAAAUUAUUGCAAAUAGCGUUCUAUUUCUUAGGUCAAAUCUAUUCCACCGAAUUAUGAAGCAUUAGUCGAACGAGUGAUCGCGAACAACGGGAAGAUAUUGGUUCGGUACGACGGAAUGAUCUGAAUCAACCAAACUAUCAAUGAUGUUAGUCAUUUGACAUUGAUUAGAAAUGCUUUCAAAGUUGAACGAAACUCUGUUAAUUUGUUGAACACAAAUAAGUAUAUUCUCAGAUAAGAGCGAUUUUUGCUUCUAUAAAUUCUCAUUGUUCUAAUCCGUCAGUAAGUGAUUGAAAGCUCCCACUUCCUUCAUCCUGUGAUUGUCAUCGUUAUAUCCUCAAACAGUAUUUGAUGGUUUCGGAUGAUUCAGCAGAAUUGUCACGCAAUAAUUUGCACAGAUAGUAGGCUGAGAUUGGAGAUUUAGGCUAUCAGAUCGAUACAAACAAAAAAUACUAAGCUUAAGAAAAGUUGACAUAUUUAACAGUAUAAUCUUUUUCGGCUCUUAUUUGUAGUGCGAACGGGAAUGGGGAUAUAAAUUUAAUAUAAACUCUUUAUAUUUUCUGUUUGAACGGUUAUUAUUGAAUUGCAACUUUUGAAAACCGACGGCCGCGGGGUCGAGGUUCCUUCAAAAAGUAGCAACCGAGUAAAGUGAAAUUUCUAAAUUAUUCAUCAAGAAGUCAAGAUGAAGGUGAAAGUUAAUCGAGCAGAUAACAAAAUAAAAAAAAAUACACGGCUGCAACCAACAAUCUUCUUUGUGCUACGAAGAGCAUGCAAUUCGGCUCCCGUACGCCAACGGAAACGCCAGGGGGGGUUCGCGAGGGGCGUAGCGGUUGAGAAAAAAAACUACGGAGGGGGAUAUACAAUAUACAUUCCGGGGUACGACUGUUUAAGGACCAGUGGAGAGAGAAAAGAUAAAGAAUUUAGAAGACAAAGAAGGUUGAAAGUCAAAGAGGAAAAUUAUCAACAGCAGCAUGACUGUGAUAUAUAAUAAAAAGUAAAUUUAACUUAUUAUUAUUGAUUAUUGAUUAAAGUAUGUACUGUAAUUACUGAUUAGCGAAAUGUACGUGAAAAAAACGAGAGUGUAUUUUUGGUCGUAACAAAAUGUACGGUUUCGGUCCCGGUAGCGCGUAGUUUGCUGUACGUUUGUUGACAGUUCGCAGACACUCGAUGUUGAUAAGUCUUGAGAAUGGGAGAAGGGCAGGUUUGGGACGAUCUGAUAUAACUAGAAGUCGGCACAGCAGAUUAUGUGAUUUGAACAGUGUACUGGUACAAAUUUCUUGCCUCAUAAGUUUUUGUUUUUGAAAUUUUGAUCAAUGUUUCCCGAAUGACCAAAUGGUUGUCAGUUAUAUCGUCAAAAAGCACCAUUACUGAAUGAACUAGUGGACCUUGAUGCAUCGAAUUGCGUUCGAUUUUAAACAAAUGAAAAAAAUAACGCUGUUCAAUGAAGAUUUUCGAUCAGUAGGCCGUGCCAUUUUGUUGUCGCUUGAGAAUACUGAAAUUGAUCCAGGGUAGUUUCAUCAAACAAACACUUUUCACAAAACUGUGUUGGGUUUGCAUUUAGCAACGGUGGUGUAAGUUAAUCCGAUAUGGACCUAGGUCCGGAACUGACUUCAAACAAACGGUUUGACAGCAGUUAGGGUGGAAUUUUUUUUUUAGGUUUGACAUCAAGCAAAAACGACAUAACAAUGAGAGAUUUCUUACUAUUGAAUUUUAAUCUAAACAUUAAAUCUCAGAGCGGAAAUAAAAUCGAUUUAUUAAUAAAUUAAGAAAACAUUCAAUCAUUCUUCUAAUAAGUUAUGCCAUUAUUCAACGAGACAAAAACCCCAUUUGUCGUCAAUCAAAUCUACUUCAUCGGUUUUACUCGUUUUGUUACAGAACGUCUGGAUGGUAGAAAUUCAAAUAGGUUUUCCAUUUAACAAUGCUUUCAUUUAUUCAUUUCAUUAACGACAUUUGGAAAAAAAACAUUUUCUUAGCACAAAUAUUUCCUGGUUGCUUCGAUGAGACCACUUUACUCUUUGCUCUAUGGCUUAUCACAAACAAAUAUACAGACUAGACAGUAACGGCGCUUUUUCCGGCGCAUAUCACGGUCCUUCGUCAAACUGGCAACAGUUAUGCUAAACUGUUUACUACGCAAAUAUCAAAAUCUCAAACUAUUGCAUGCAAGUGCUUUGUGCGCUAGACGUGAGCAUAGUCGAGAAGGCCUCUGCUGGAGAAUACAUUGAAUUAAGCAGCGAUAUAACAUUUUAUGAUGCGGGAUGAUUGGAUGAUGUCACUUAGACGUCGAACGGAGAGCGACGAACUUUGGCUUAUCGGAACCAAAGAUCGUAGAUAAAAUAUAGCUUCUCGUCUCUUCAUAUCAAUAGCAUUUUAGUUCAGCAAAUUGAAUCUCCAUAGGAUGGCAUCUUUAAAGAAGUUGAAGACUCCCAGCGGUUUGAACUAACACUUGAUUGAACACUACGUUAUUUUGUAAAAAAAUACCAGUACAAGGACCGAUGAAUAAUUGCCAGCGGUGCUUGGAAGAGUUCGAAUAUAUCUACGAUCAAGAAACAUUUGUUUCGUGGGAACUGGUUUUCUAAUGGUUUUUAAUAAAAUUGGCAUGGUUUUAUAGAACUAAUUUCACUUAUUUUUGGACUAUCGAUAAUGUAUUCUAAUCCAUUAAAGUGACAAAAACUUAGAGUAGUUUUUAAAGACUGCCUCCAUGAGGGCAUAUCCAGUUCCCUUUUUAUGUAUGUCAUUAAGCAAGUCACAUUAAUCAAAAACUCACCAAGGCAUAUUUUGUCAGAUAACUUAGCUCAAUGAACAAUAAAUUAUCUCCACCAUCGACUUUGACUGGAAGCAGUAAAUUUUUACGCGAUGCUCGUUUAAAAUGGUCUUUAUUUCUAGUAUAAACAAAUGGUAUUUCUUAUUGGAAAUAUUCGUAGAACUUUACUUCGAAACCAAUAAUUCCAGCUCAAUGACCACAGGGUUUCACUUGCCGUCAGUUUCCAUGCUUUGUUAGUACCCGCUUCUCUGCGGAACGCACUGCUGUUAUCGUCUCUUGGUGUAUUUGAUUCGAACGUAUUUAAUCUAUGCAGCGAAUGCUAAUUCACAAUACACUUUAAACUAAUAUCAGACCCUGUCAGCUUGGAGCGAAAUCAAGCUUCAGUUCAGCAACACCAUCGUACGGCAUCACAUUCAACAUAUUAUAUCAAUUGUAAGGAUGCGCAGUGCUGCUAUUUUGGCGCGCACCUAUUUAACAUCUCUCUCCUCUACUUAUAUGUACGAGAUUCGAUGUGGACUCGACUGAGGGCUGCCAUGCCAUGCUCUCAAAAAAAAAAAGAUGUCUUAUUUAAACGAUGUCUUUGCUGAUAUCCAAUAAAAACACCGGCCUUGCGCGCAGCCUGGUAGUAAGUCUGGUUAUUUCAGAAAGUACCAGUAGUGAAACAUUUUUUUUCGGCACCCUCAUGUCUUAUUAUUUGUCUUUGGGCUUAUGUUACACAGCUCAUUGCAUCAAUGAAAUGUUGAUAAAAUGUUUUCUAAACCCUACUUACGAUUCCAGUCAUUACGAUUGAAACUAGUUUCACAGGAAACGAAAUUUCUAAAUAGUAUUGGCCUUCUAACGACAGUUCGACAUGUAGAUGGUGCUGUUGUACAAACGACGAUGUUUCCGAAUGAAAAUGUCAAAAUACAUAGGAAGUUUUAUUCUCCAGUGAAUUUUUAUUUAUUUGUAGUUGAAAUAUGAAUAAUCAAAGAAUAUUCUGUUGUAAUUAGGGAACAAACAUUGAUUUCUAUCGAUAACCAAUAUUUUAAAUAUUUCGCCUGAAAAUAAAUCUAAGUUUUUUGCUUUCAAAAUGACCUACAGAUCGAUAACAUUGACUUUACUUGUUGACACCACUCUGAAAUAAUUAGUUUGGCCGUUUAUUUCACCCAGCAGUUGUUUAAACCUUUAAUUUCGAUUACGAAACUUUAUGACAUAACCUCACUUAGCACCAAUAUCUAAAUAUAGUUUAGUAUUGAAGAAACUAAAGGUUGACUUUUUAUGCAAAUGUUGAAUAAAUGCAAAAGUUUUACCCAUUCCGUAGGUUUGUUUAAGGAAAAAUCACUAUGUUAGUAACCAGUGUUGGUGAUUGCCGAAAAUUUGACAGAAGCUGCUAUAUUGCUAUCUAUAUUGUAUACAACAUUUUCAAUCCGUUAGAAGAUGCUACAAGAACUCGAGUCAUUCAAUGCAUGAACCGCUAGAGAAUUUUUCUGCAUUUCUUCGCUCCACUUUAUACUCUGAGUAUUUCCCGUCCCUUGACAAAAAAAUACAGUCUGAUAAUGAUCGUUGCUGUGUGGAAUUUACCAAGAGAGGAUCGCAAGUUGACAAUUAUCGCAGAAAAUCGAAUCGAUGGUUCAACUUGAUGUUUCUCAUACUAGGUUGCAAUAUUUCAAAACCCUUGUGUGGAGCAUUCACAUACAUUUUCAACUUAUACAAAGAUUAAAUGCACAUAGUUAGAAUAAGCGGCAAUAGUAAAAUGAUUCUAUCGCAAUUAUCAACUGCCUGUAUAGAAUCAGAUCGCGAAACGAGAAUAUGCGACCGUUUGUUGCUUCAGCGAGGAUCCCCACAGCAGCGACCUAACCUUUGAUUCUCAGAAAUGUCAUCGAGAGAAAUUCGCUCUCGCACUGUUGUCGAUUCUAUGUUAAAUGAGCCAUGCCGGGUUUUUGUUGUUGCGAUGAUCUCCGUUUCUCUUUGAUGACACUGAUUCAAUCGUGUGAAGAGUUGCCAGUGAACGUUCUUUGAUACGAUAAAAGCCAUCCUUGUUAGUAACUAUUUCCGCAAUCAAUACUCGAUUCCUAUAUUGCUAUAUGUGAUAAUUUGCUAACAUCAUCGUGAAACAUAGAAGGUGCGGAGUUGCUUUGAGUUUUGUGUUUGAAAGCCAAUUGACAAUCUAUAGUAAAACUAAUUUCACCUGACGCGUCAUCUAAGUUUCAUUAUUAGAGCCUUUCUUAGGAUGACGAUUGAAUUUUACAUGUGAUCUUAUGGGGAAUAUAUGAGUUCCCAAUAUAUUUCAAUUGUAUUGUAGAAUUUUAGGAUCUGUUACAAAAACUGUUCAUUUAAAAAUGUAAGAAAAUUAGUUUUCUUUUAUUUCGUGUAAUCAUUUUUGAUUUUAUAAGAUGAUAUGUAGACAAAUAUCGCGAUCCGGAAUUUGUUUCGGUUCGGUUAAGGUUAUUUUGAACGCUGGAGGAAUAAAUAUAAAUGCGGUAAAACUCUAUUUCUAAUCAUAAUAUCGCAUAUUUGGUUCGGUUGGUUCACAUCUGUACGGUCCUUUAAGUGACAUUUCAUGAUGCACGCGACGAAUAAAAUCAUUUGAAAAUGAUCAUUUUUCCCAUGCAAAAUUUGGAACUGAGAAGUUUCAUCGUUUAAAACAGAAUCUAGGGUGCUGCAAAAAUAAAAGAAAUGGACAAUGAUUUUUCUCACACUAAAAUUAACUUUUUGCUUGAACAAAUGACGUUGUAAAUCCGUUACACAUGAUUUUACUAGUGUAAAUUGGAUUCCCCUUGUAUUUUGACAGAUAAACUUACAAUCAUCAUCCUCGCACACGUACGCCCCUAGUUGUGAAACACAACGUUAGAUCACCCAAAAUAUUUCCUUAGAACAAUUCAACAUAAACCGUUACGUAUAAUUUUGUAAGCAUAGACACCUAGAAAAAAAAUCCUGUAAACUGACGUCUUCUGAGACCGAGAUAUUAGAGUGUAAAAAAUGACUCAUUUUUACAGUUUAUCUAACACAUGUUUGUUGCAUUCUGAUAUAUAUUUUAUAUGCGAUAUAUAUUUUAAGUAAGCCUACACGCAUGCUUCAAAAAACGGGGUUCGUUUGACACAUAAAUAUAUCGUUCUUGAAAAAUUCAGCCAUUUUACUAAUUACUUUCUUAUGAAAUGUGUCAUAUGUGAAGUUCUGUUACCUGUAUAUUUCAUAAUUUUUUGCUGUGUAAAUUACCACAUUAUACAAGUUUGAACGCUAGCCUUUGAUGCUUAGCUUGUAGCGUCUCUACCGGCCAAAUUUUUCUGAGUGUCAGUGGAAAGUGAUCUGCAGAUUCAGAAACACAACUCGAAAUGCUUCUUCAAAUUCCAAAUAAUUUAGCAAGUGAAAUAAAGUCUAUGUGAUUUGAAAAUUUUGCGGGUUUUUGCAAGGUAAGAUACAACCUUUGACCUCGGAAUAGUUUUAACAUUCACAUAGUUUUUCCUAUCAGUUGUAGGAAUGACAGUAUGAAAAUGUUGGGUUUCCUGAUUUGUUACUGCCUUUAAGUGCCAGUUUUCAAGUAAUCGCUAAGUAGAUUUCAUAAAUCACAAACUUAGAAUAAAAUAUAUUUAAUUCAAAUUUAAGUUAUAAAAAAAUACUGUUAGCAACCGCCACGACUUGAACCGAGAAUCAUUGCAUCACAAAGUACGUACGUUAAUCGACUAAGCCACAGAAGCACACAUCUGCUUGGUUGGUAAGUGGUGCAUAUAAAUACGUUAAGUCGAACUUGUUAACCGAUUGAAAAUUACAGUCGGAACAAGUAAAACUGAUAAAUUAGGUCUUUAAAAAUUAUGUCAUAUGAGGCAUCAGGUCAUCUGUUAAAUUCAUUAUUUUUUGUUGUGUAGCAUAUGUUUAUGAACUCAAAUUAUAUCAAGAAACAGUUUCUCCAAAGUCACCGUUGUUUUUUCUUGCAAAGUGCACAUUAGUAGAAAAUACGUUUUUUGAACCUGACAUACACAACCCAGAGAACCACAAAUCGCAUAAGGUAGCACGAAUUAGAUCGUUUAAAACGCGGUUCAUAAUCACCAUCGCAUAAUCAUAUAACUGAAGUUCAUAUUUUUCCCCAUAUGCUGCUAUCGCACAAGCUUAUUGCGACGAUGAGCACACAAUCGCAUAAUUGUUUGAACAACCUCGCCGUAUACAGAAUUGAACUCGCAUUACUUCCAUAAAUGUUUGGCUGUACAUGAUAUCCAAAAUUUGUUUGAAUUAUAUCGCAUUGUACGUAAAACUCCUCGCACAAGAUGAUAAUUCCUAGCAUUCAAUGCGAUUGGCUCACAAUUCUGACUUUACUGGCUGAAUAUAAAAAUAUUUGGUCGCAUUCUAAUACGGAGUGUUUUACUGAAAAUUCAAGAACACUUGUUUGAAAAAUGGUUAGGAUAAUUGAAAAUUAUCAGUAUCAUGGAAUAUUUGUGUAAACAACAGACUUGUUCGUGAAACAAUACGAACUUACUCACAAUAAGAAAUUCUAUAAACCUUCUCUUCUACGAUAUAUUGUGAACACAUAUGUGUGAAUGUGAAUGACAGUUUACAUAAUAAAACGUAAUGAGUUAUUUCGCACUGUAAGAUUUUAGUUAUGCUUAGAUAUGCGAUGUGACUCAGUCAUCUGUAAGAUAAAAGAAGAAAGUAUUCGUCUGAAAUCGGGUUUAUCAACAGCUAUGGUAUGGAUGAAAGUAGGAAAACUCGGUAAACGAUCCACAAGUUUCAGGUUCGAGCCUCGAUCCGUAAAAGCUCGUUGUUAUUUUUUGCUUAUUAGUAGAAUGUAUGGUUAGAAUCGCAUAGACACUUGAAUAAACUCUCAAAAAAAUAUACUUACGAUCGCAUACAUUACAAAAGAAAAUCACUGAAGCUGAUAAACUGAAUCACAUUAAAUGCUUUACUACAUCGCAUCUAGCUUUUGAUUUUUCGAAAUUGCAUGUAUAUCGCCUCCACUUUUGCACGCAUAGGCCAUAUUUGCAGUAUGCUCUGCGAUUUUAUUAUAAUAUAUAACAGAACGCAUAAUGCGAUUAUAGCUUGCGAUAUAGGUACGAAAUGGUUUUCUGGGAAGUGUUAAACAUGACAUACAAUUACAAUCGGCUUGAAUAGUGUCUCACGUGUUCUGAUGUGUCGUUAAAUACUGACAAAAGUAAAUUUUACAUACCACGUUUCUAUGAAUUACGUUAACUGUAAAACUGAUAUGUUUUCAUUGUGUUAAAUGAAUUUUUUUUCACGUAUAUAAGUGUGAAUUUGUAUGCAAUACUCAUUGAACUUUGCUUGGUAAUAAUUCAGCUCAAACUAUGUAAACAAUAAUUAUUCACUCAAGCUUCCGUUAUAGCGAAUGCGAGUUGACGGGCUAUUCGUUUGACUUCUUCAUGCGCUUUGCACAGUCUCUUUGGUCACUUUUCCCAAUGCAGAUCGUCAAUUUACCUUGAACUCUACCCCCUUUUUUAUAAUAAGAAAUGCAUAGAAAUGCCUGAUAAAAAAAUGCAUUCGAGAUAUUUUUGAUGAAAUUUCGCAAAAUUGGCCUGUGAUUUUACAUCUUAUUAGAUGCACAUAAGUGGAGCGUCGCAGCUCACGCAAAUUUACGUGGAAGAACACUUAUUAUUGUGUCUAAAACUCCAUACAUGAAAUCCAUUGAAAAAAAGGAGAGCGUCGCGACUUGAACCGAGAAUCAUUGGAUUGCAAGUACGUCUGUUAACCGACCAAGCCACAGAAGCAUGCAUCUGCUUGGCUGGUAAAAGGUCCAUUUGAAUUCAUACAGUCGCACCUGCUAGCAGAACGCAAGUUACAGUCGAAACCCGUAAAAUUCGAUUUUCCGUAAUUUGACAAAUUAGGUCAUUAUGAAUUACGUCGUAUGAAGGAUUAAGUCACCUGUAAAAUUCAAUUUUUUUUGGAUAAUCAUGUCAGCAAACAAAAUUGUUGGCAUAAGUGCUUCCAGAAUCCGAUUUAGAAUUACUUGAUUUCAAUUAAUCCAAUUUAGACAAUUAAAACAUGGAUUGAAGAAAGCCAUGUUAUUCCAUGUUUUGCCAGACACUCCUACACAUUUAAAAAAUUUUACAUCUUAUUAGAUGCACGUAAAUGGAGCGUCGCAAUUCACGCAAAUUUACGUAAAAUUCAAGCUCAUCUAACAUUAAGUCAUUACAAAUAAAAUUUUUCGUCAUAUGACAAAUUAGGUCUUUAUGAAUUACAUCGUAUGAGGGAAUAAAUCACCUGUAAAAUUCAAAUUUUUUUUAGAGUGUAUAACAUUGAAUGCAAAAAUAGGAUAAAAACUUAACUAAUUCUUCCGGAACGAAGGUUCCGUCCCGUUUAUCCCAUUUAUCAAACAGUCACAAAUUUCAACAAAAGCUAAAUUCCAUCACUUGUUCCAUUUUGGUAACUUCACUGAUAAACGACGCUUUGUUUGAAACUAAAGCAAAAAUGGCUACUUUGAUGACCACACUUCACAAAGAAAGCGUACAUUCAAUCGUGCACUCGAAAACGAGCAGCCAAGCAUUAAUUCUUUACUCAGUCCAUCUGUAAGACAAUGUGGAAUUCAGUAUAUCUCAGUGAAUGGAAAUAAAACGUGUAACAAGACCAAAAAGGCUGGGCAAGUGUUGCGUAUCGCAAAUGCAUUGAACCCAACCUGUCAACGUAACUAACAUCUAUCAAAGCUGUCUGUUCAGUGCAAAUCUACAAAAGUAUUGAAUGAGCGAAGCGACAAGUUUUAAUUUGGUCAGCACCGAAACCAUAACCUCAGUUACGUAAUUCAAAGGCGGAUGAAGUUUGGAAGUUUGUUUUGAAACAUUUGGAAACUUUGUAAAUAGUAGAAUUAAGGGGCACUCUGAAAAAAAAUGGACGUCAUUAUCGAGGGCGCAACUGCCGUCCAUUCGGGCUCAAUGGAGGGCAGUUCGAGACAUAAUUUCCGCACCAUUUAACUUAUUCAUAACCAUUUGUCAGCGUGUUGUUAUUGACAUAAUCGGCAAGAAAGUAACCGGGGCUGCAGGUUUAGUGGUUUCGUGCUAAGUUCGCGCGAAAAAAGGUUUGAUCCGUUUUUGAGAAGGUUUCGAUUCGAAGAUGAUGUAUUCGAAGUUGACUAUUUUAAUUAUAGUUAUCAGCAUACUCCGAUUACUUUAUGAUAUUUGACGCUUUAUCAUGAGCAUAAUCAUGCGAGACAGGGAAGUUUGUCAUAUAAUGUAAGAAUGUGAAAAGUAUUUAUUUUCUCAGCAGCAUAAACAAUGCAUUUAACGUAAAUUUUUAUGCGGUUUCUAUUGGAAACUUAUUCUCAUUCAUUCAAUUUUGUCUUCAAACGCUUCAAACAGGUCAAAAUCAAACGAUUUCCACCCUUUCAUUUUUUACCUACCCAUUUGGAAGAAAAAAAGGGAUUCUCAGUAUUUAAAUAUAAGAGAAUAAAUAGUUCCUUUUUUAAGUGCAAAGAACUCAAAUCUUGAGUUAAAUUCACUCCAAUUUUAAAUAACUUAAUUUUUCCUAUUUUAAAUAAUUACCUCAAAUAUGAGUAGAUGGAUGAAAACUCAAAUUUGGCUAACGUUCAGUUUUGCGAAGCAUGUCCAGCCUGCUAUGGUCUUCCGUUCUUCGUCGACCAACCGUUGUCGGCAUGUUCCACUGCUCGUGAGAUUCGUAAGCAGCCCGGUGGUACGAAUAUUGGGCUAUAACAAGUUCAAUCGUAACCAACAUCUUGACAGAGCUGCCAUAUAGAAUUAUUUGCGCAAAAAAUUUCAAAAAAAAUCACCAUUUGUGACACAUGAACUUCAUAAAAUCCGUGAAAAUCUUGGUAAAACAUUUAAAAAAUUUGUCCCAUUUUCGGAUGUUCGGAUAUUUCAUUAUGUUUGUUGUAUAUUGGCAUUUGAUAAAGCAUAAUAUUUCUAAUGCUCGUACAUCUUAUAUCAGUGAUACAUAAUUAUACUAGGCAGACUAUGAUCCCGAUUAUCAAUCCGUAACAAGUUUAUAACAAACAACUGCGCUCAUAUCAAGUGCUGAUAUAAGUCUAGUCUCGGUAGUAGUUGAAAUAUCUCAAUCUUCUAAUAAGUAUCAAAAAGAGCAAUUAUUGAGAUACGAUAUGUUGAUCGGGAUGCUACGUAGUUGAAGUAUUUUCAAGCAUUUAAUAAUAGAAUUUUCGAAACAUUUUACUGCUGAUUUCAUAUAAGUUAAGUGUUAUCACCUAACGCUUACGGUUCUGCAUUCAAAUGUUCCACUCCAAGUUAUACACAUUUAGGAAUUCACGGUUUAUCGCCUAAUUCGGGACGGCUUCUGAAAUUAAUUUGAGUAUUACUCAAAGAAAUAGAAAAUAUCUUACUUCGUCCCUUCUGCUAAACAUGUUGGAUCACUUCAAAUGUGAGCGGAUUAACUUAGGCUAAAUGAAUUUUACAGUUAGUGACAUUUCACAUAUGAUGCAGUUCACAACGGAAUUUGUUAAGUGACUGAAAUUAUUCUGAAUGAUAUAAAUUUCCGUAGGUAGAAUAAACGUACAUACACACCAAAAAAAUCUGAAUAAUACAGGUGACUUAAUUCCUCAUACGAUGUAAUUCAUAAAGACCUAAUUCGUUAAAUGACGGAAAAUUUCAUUUGUAUUGACUUAAUGUUAGAUUAGCUUGAAUUUUACUGGUAUCGACUGUAACUUGCAUUAUGCUAGCGGGUGCGACUGUAUGAAUUUAAAUGCACCACCAACCAAGCUGUGGCUGUGGCUCAGUUGAUUAACAGACGUACAUGCGAUCCAAUGAUUCUCGGUUCAAGUCGCGGCGGUUGCUAUCAGUAUACUUUUUUUAUUUCAACGAAUUUCAUGUUAUGGAGUUUUAGACACAAUAUGAAAUGUUCUUCCACGUGAAUUUGCGUGAACUGCGACGCUCCAUUUAUGUGCAUUUAAUAAGAUGUAAAAUCACAGAGAAUUUUUUAAGUGUGUAUGUUAGUGCUACACUCUUAGAAAAAUUGAAAUUACCGCAUGGCCGUUAUUUUAAGCAUGCCGUAAUUUCUUCGGCGAUGACACCAUAUUACAAUAUAAUUACCAAGAAAAAUAUUUUUUUUGUCUGUAUCGAUGUAAGCUUCAGCCAAAUGAACUGUGAAGUUAAUGAUAUGACUUAUCUUUACAUGCUUUGAAUUGUGAAUGUAAGUGAACCGCGACGUUCCUUUUAUGUGCAUCUAAAAAGAUGUAAAUUUUUCGAAGUGUGUAGAGAAUAAAUAAAAAUGUCAUGCUAUGCAGUCUAAAAAAAAUUAAAACUACGCAUGACGUAAAACAAAACAUGCCGUAGAAGGCUUGAUAUCACAUUUAAAUGUGAGCUUUCUGCCUGCUUCGAUGUCAAAUUCAGUAAAUUUAGCUAUGGGAUUUUUGACACACCAAAUUUUUACAUCUCUUGGGAUGUGAAUUCAGAUCAAUUGCAACGCAUCUUUUAUGUGAAUCUAUCAAGAAGUAAAUUUACAUAUUUUUUAUACUGUGUGAUUUGCAUUAUAAAAAUAUGUUUGGCUCCUAACUUGCUAGAAUUUUUCAUGUACAUCUUUGUAGCCUGGUAUAGUUCAUAAGAACCGAAAAGCUGUGGUUUUGUUAGAAAUGACCAAUUCCUUUGGAAUUAAGAGCUCUUUAUUAUAAUUUAUUACAAAAUAUCCAGCGAAAAUCAAUCCUAAAAGUUUGCAUCAGACUGUAUCACACCUAGAAAAAAUCGUGUAAACUUACGUCGUUAUAGAUGCACAUAACUCACAUGAGUUUAGAUCUCAAAGCAUGUAAAGAUAAGUCAUAUCAUUAACUUCACAAUUAAUGCAGCUAAAACUUACAUCGAUACAGACACAAACAUUUUAAUAGAUAAAAUAUUGUGUCAUCACCGAAGAAAUUACGGCAUGCUUGAAUUAACGUCAAGCGUACAUUUAUUCAUUUUUUCUAAGUGUGUAUAUUGAAGUUAGUAAAGCAGAUAAGAUAUUCCUUUUAGAAUGUAUUGAACGUUAGAUCAUUGCAUGAGUUGAUUAAUAAUUUAAAAUAAAGUAUCAUUCUCGACGACGAUUGAUUGUGAAUUUAUUUGACCUCGACUUUCGUCGAGUAAACCAAGAAUUAUAAUUUUUUAUGUCCUACAUUUUUUUUAAAUAUAAUACACUGAAUGGCUUAUUUGUACUAGAACAACAUAAAUUUGUGGCAGUGCGUUUUAAAAUUGAAGGGUGAGAUCAAUUGUAAAAAUACGUCAGUUUUUACGUUCGAAUAUGUCGGAAUGAGAAGAUGUAAAUUUAUAAAAAAAAUUCUAAGUGUGUACUACCACAAGUUUGUAUAUUUUGUAUGUUACUAGUUAACGAGCAUAUACAAGAAAAUUUUAGCUUUUAUUAUAGAUUUAAAGCUUAAUGCUUACAAAAAAAAUUGCAAACAAGAUUUAUUCUGAAAAUGUCUUUGUCUGUAUUCAAUUUUGAUCAGAAUAUCAUGAUUAUUCAUGACCAGUUGAAGCAAAGGUUAUGGGGUUUGAGUAAUUUUAUCGAAAUAAAGUAUGUGCUUCGUAUAGCUUCUUCCCUUCUCGAAUAGAUAGAAGAAUUCGAUCAAUACUACAAUAAGUAACAAAUUAUGUAAAUUUUCAAUUUGAUGCGAAAUCAGAAAUCAAAUGCUAGCUAGCACAUUACCCACCGGAUGAAAAAUUGUAGCUAAGACUCGAAAUUACCAACUUAGACAAAACCAUGCGCAUCUUUUACGCAUCGUAGAUCUUUCGGUAAAUAAAUCCCUUGUUAAGUACAUACACCCCUUACAAAGUGCGAAUAAUGUGGUGUAAUGAAUGUCCAGUACGUCUCCAACAUCAGGUAAUACAUGACGGUUUUAUGACAUUUGCAGCAUAACAAGCGAAGAUGAAAAAGAAACUUCUUUUGUCGUACGAGGUAUGCAUCUGAGGUGGUAACCCUAUUCAUGUUAGGCAUUAUUUUUAAAUCUCUUCAUUCGCCUCUAAAGUGAGUCGGUUCAAUUGUGUGUUAAAUGCCUGUUCCGCAAACAUUUCAAAAAAGUUUUGCAAGAAGGCAUCACGAAUGAUCACGUGAUAAAUAAAAUUUAUGUUUUACAGAUAAGGAUGGUUUACUAGAAGUUUUAAUAGCAAAAUUUAAAAUACUCCAAUUGUUGUAAACAGUGAAAUACAUUGAAAAAACUACGGCACAAUCAUUUACUAAAAGCGCAGACUCCAUCACCAUCGAGAAUGGUCAGGUUUACGACGUUUAAAUAAUUUUGGCAAAGAACAGAGAUAAUUGCUUCGAAUUGUAAGCAGGCUAUAGUUCAAGUCCCUGCUCUGAGAUGCUUCUUCAAGCAAUCACUUUUAUCGUAUGUUUGACGGUGGUUCGAAUAAAAUUGAUGUUGUUUCCCAACUACACACGCUACAUUCGAAUUCACUCCCAAAAAUUGCCAAGAAAACCGUUUUCAACCAAUUGCGAUCAUUAUACGUAGCUUGGCUUUAUGUAAACGUCAUUUGAUAGUGUUGGAGCUGACAGGAAUUCUUUUUUCGACAAGAAUUUUUGCUACAUGUCGGCGCAUAGCAGGGUUACUCCUAAAUAUCUUCUUUAUAAUGUGACCAUUAUGUAUGCAUGUAGGUCACUCUUAUUUUUCCAUGCUGAGGAUAUUCAACAUUUUUCGUCCUUUUGUGCCUUUCCAACCUCCUAUCUAUGUAUCUCUUCGAGAUCUUAAUGAUAUUAAAAGUCGCCGCAGAAAACGUUGAUGUCGAUGAUGAGUGUACAGGAAUAUAGCCUAAAAGCACUCAUCGGAGCUCAUUCCGAUGAGCGUUUUCUCGAAGAGCAUUGAUGGAAAAUAGUUAGACUAAUUUCAUUUUUUGUCAGUUGAAAAAUUUGGUUGAAUUUGCGCGAACAUUAUAAAAGGCUUGUACUACUAGUGCAAAAUACUAUCAACGUUCGAUUACUCAGAGUUUUAAGUACACAAAACUUGAAAUAGUUUUAUUUUCCUACAAGUGUAUCUAUAUUGAAAGGUGAAAUUAACUACCCAUCGUCAAUCUGGUGAAAAUAUUAUGUAUUCAGCAUUCCUUCUAUAACGACAAUCAGUUUUCAGUACCAGGGUAAAUAAAAGUCAUAAGACGAAAAUGACGAAUAAUAAAGGCCACUCUCAGCUCUGCUUGCAAAUGUUGAGAAUAAGAUAUAUGUCUAGUCAACAAUAAGAGCGAUCUGGUAGUUUCAAAAUUGUAUUCUUGCUUUCGUGUAAUGACGAAAAGGCAUGUUCGGUUUUCAGUGAAAAACGUACUUUCGUCACAGACUAACAGACAUGACAGUAUGAGUAAAUUCUUAUAAAAAUCAUUUUUCGUGAUGCACUAGUUCUACCUAUAUUGUACUGCGCGAACUAUUUACUAUCGGUACACCCCUUGUGUUACGAAAAAGUUUUUUUACUAGUUGGUUUUCCCUCGUUUGUCAACACCGAUCAGCUGCUUGCAGGGUUGCCUGAUUUUAUCGAAAUAUUUGAUAAUGAAUCGUCACAAUAAAUUAUUAGCGGCCCUUACACGAGUCAUUAAAAAUGUCAUUAGUAAAAAAAAUAUCAUUUUAAUGAACGUGUAGUGGUGCACUAAUGACGAAAUUUCUAACAAAUUUGAAUUACAUCAUUUAAAUGACAUCAUUUAAAAUGACAUUUUUAAUGCUCGUGUAAGGGCCGCUAUUGGAUUACGUUGAUAAUAUAUUUAACUUCUUUAGCGAUGUUGGAAGGUAAACAUUUAUUUUUCUCAACGUUGUUCAUCUAGACUAUUUUUGAUUGUGUUGGUAAUUUUCACCCGAAAUUAAGUGACGGCAGACCAGAAGUAAGUAAAUAUUGUAACAAAACGGGUUCGAUUUUGUAUUGCGUUGUAGAAUGAGAAGAAGGCACAAUUCUGUAUAUAGUUUUGGCAAUAAUAUGUGAUUAAUCUGUAUCCUGCAUGAAAUUCGCAUGGAGGUAUACAAAUCAAUACAUUACAGGUAAUUCUGUAUGAAUGGCAACUCGGUUGGUAAAUGAAAAAAAUAAACACAGUCUAGAUGACAGACACGAUGUAUUUGAUAGGGUAACGUGGCGCCAUCAUAACAUAUGCGAGUACUGUCCCAACUAAAGGAAUAUUCGAAAUGACCGUUUAUAUGGUUAAAGAAUCUAAUUUGAGUGUCUUGUCUGUUAGUCUGUGCUUUCGUUCAGUACUAGUGAUUUGACUUGUUGGUUGAAAACAAUUAUUGUUUAUCCAAAAACAACAAAACUACACACCAAAAAAUCUGAAUUUUACAGAUGACUUAAUCCCUCAUUUGGUGUAAUUCAUAAAGACCUAAUUUGUUAAAUGUCGGAAAAUCUCAUUUUUAAUGACUUAAUGUUAGAUUAGCUUGAAUUUUACUGGUUUCGACUGUAACUUGCAUUCUGUUAGCAGGUACGACUGUAUGAAUUUAAAUGCACCUUUUACCAGCCAAGCAGUUGUGUGCUUCUGUGGCUUAGUCGAUUAACAGACGUGCUUUGCGAUCCAAUGGUUCUCGGUUCAAGUCGUGGCGCUUGCUAUGAGUAUUCAUUUUUUUUUUAAAUGAAUUUCAUGUUAUGGAAUUUUGGACACAAUAUUAAAUGUUAUUCCACGUAAAUUUGCGUGAAAUGCGACGCUCCGUUUAUGUGCAUCUAAUACGAUGUAAAAUCACAGGGUUUUUUCGAAGUGUGUAAGGCAUGAACACUGGUAAUGCUGAAAUAUAAUUCCAUUGGGUUUUCUAGGUCACUGAAGACUCACAGACAAUUGUAACCUACAGUAGACAGUGUUUUUUCUCGUUAUCUUAGCUAUAUUACGAAGAGUCAGAACUUUCCUCGAUUCCUCUCGAUUUUUCUAUUUCAUCUAGUUUUUAUCACUCAAGUAAUUAGGUUUUCUGGCAGCUCACUUAUAACCACCAAUGCAAAUGAGAUUGGUUUGUUUUCAUCAGGAAACGCAUGCAUUAAACACGAUUCAGACGAUCAAUCAACUUCGGUCGACGCCAAGAUUAAUUUAUUAAUUUUUUUAGCCGAAUAUUGAUCACGUACCCGACAUUAAAAUGUUCCGUGAACGUGUCCCUUCAUAUGAAUUGCUUACAAUUAAUGUUCUUGUUCCGAAACCGUUCCAUGCCGGUGAUAGUCGCUUGAUGCCACGUGUGAAACGCUCUUACAUAUUGUUUUGUUUUCAUCAUGAAAUAUAUUGGCCACCCAUUUUUCCCUAGGGUCGCCGUUCAUUUUCCACCGGGCAUAGAUACCUCAAUUGGACGCUGGUACAAAUUUUACCUAAAUACACACAGUUUCAACUAAGUUAUGGAUUUCCGAACCUACACGAAAACAAGUAAACUUGCCUCUCCUUCAUUCUCAAAGAUUAAUCUUCAUCGAAACUGAUACCGGGGAAUCGCAAAGAAACUGGGAUCGCCCGAUAUGUAGGACGAGCAUCGCAAACGCAACCAAGUGUCUUCUGUUAAGCAUCCAGUCUUCUCACGUAAAUGACCAAGAAAUUAGUUCAACAAUUAAUCUUUUAAAUGUUGCAGUGAACUCAAAUCCAAACGAGAUUUUCUGAAUUCCGAAAACAGUCAUAAAAUCAUUCCAAUGAAAAUACAGAGACGAGUUCAAUCACUUGCGAACUUGCACGCAAGUUUUUGUGAGCGCAUGCUUGGAUGGUUUGGAUGUCAUUUGCAGGUACACGGUAAAAAAACGAAUACUAAAAAUCUAGAAGUGUUUCACAAUCACUGUGAAACGAUAAAUGCCAUUUAGAAUAUUAGAAAUCACUUCCGGUGAGGCGGUUCUGAGUAAGUCAGUACGUCUUUUUGGUAUUAUUGCACUGAAUUGCAUGUAAAAUUCGAACAUUAGUUUGGGUGGCUGUUUUCUAAAGAGCAAUUCUGGAAAAAAGAAAACAAACUAUUUGAUAAGUUAUUUUAACAUUCUGACACACUGACAGUAUGAAUAAUUUCUGACGAAGUAAUGUUCCGGAAAUCUGCGGAUGCGUUUGCGAAGCUCGUGACAGAAACAUACUGUUGGCAACGUUGCUGUAGAUUCGUUUCCGAAUAGGCUCUCGUUUUAUUGAAACUCAACACACUCUAGAAAAAUCACACGUUAACGCUAAGUGGAACUUCUUGUAAAUUGAACAAAAAGGAGGUUCAAAUAAUUUCAAACCUCAUAUUUAGAUAAUUUGGAUUCCAUUCAUCCUUCAAUUAUUUCGAGUAUUUAUCACGCUUGAAUUCAUUUUUCAAUUCGAACAAGUGUUCAUUUGGAAAUAAAAAGGAUUUUGUCUUCAGAUUUCAAUAUUAAUGAUACAUUUUUUAGAUACGUGUCAGGUUGGAUAAUUUUGUUUAUGAUAUAUUGCUCAUUCAAUUAGCUAAACGACACGUGAAUACUGCACUGGUUCCCAAUUUUUUAGCAUUUUAAAUAAACUUUAUUUGUUAUGUGGCAUUCAGUUACAUAUUACAAAAUUGUUUAACACAAUUCUUUCUGAAGAAGUUUUCGAAAAAUUCGAUUAAAUGAUUUUCAUUUUGCGUUAACAUGUGAGUUUUUAUCUUGAGUGUACUGCUGCUGAACGUGGUAGCAAAAAUCUAGAUUCGAUUGAUGUAGAUUACCGGUUAAGUUUACCUUCGAAUGUCGAUAGUUUAGGUGAAAUGUAGUAGCAAGAAAAUUAGCAAAAACCAGUUUAAAUUUUCCUAUUGAAUCCAACAGCUGCGUGGGGGAAGAUAAGCCAGAUGCAUAAACUCAGCGAAAAUGGCGUUGAAACAAUUGAGGCAUUAAAAUACGAACUUGAAAGCACAAAUGGGGAGAUACAAUUUAAAUCAAUUAAUAAGUAAGAGGUAGUUAUUUGAAAACAAAUAAAAAACAGCAGUGAUUAGAUAAAACAAAACAAUCGCAUACAUCUUUUGAUCGUUUCUCAUAAAAGCAGCAAAAAAAAAACAUCAGCGAGAGUGAAACUUUUUCCUGAGGGAGAACACAGUGGGUACGAAGCGCAUUAAAUACACACGCGCGCACGAGACCAGUGCUGCCAUAUGUAUUCGUUAGCCCACUGCUAAUGAUUUUCCUGAAAAGUUUCGCUGAUGGAAUAUUUACGAAAUUCUAUGAAUUUUCAAACAGUACAGCAAACCAAAUUGUAAAGUUGACUAUAAAUUAAGAGGUAAAAUAAUAAUCAUUUAAAUAAUACCAUUCAUGAGCAUAGUCCAGUGAGCGAUUUCCCAUUGAAAGGUAUGCCGGAAAGCGGGGACAAUUCUUUGCAUGGGAUCGCAAAAGCCAAGACCAAGCCAUGUCACAUCCCGGAAAGAAUCACUGGGAUUCGAAUGUUAAGAAGAAAACUCACGCUACCAAUGAAUCGUAGCAACAGCAUUUCCCGCUAAAUAAAAACAAAAUGUAAAAAAAUGAAAAAUAAUCAUUAAAUCCAAAAUGGAGAACUAAAAAAAUGUACCAUAUCAGCAUAAAGAAAAAGCGACUAGUUGAAAGUCCAACAUAAGUAGAACACUCUUUCCCGCCUAUCAGUGCGUUGUUAAGUUGAGUGUGGAGUCUCUGCGACUUACGACGAUCGUAUAGAAUCGGAAUAUAAAAGAUGGAAACUGAAAGCAUGCUCUAUUUACUGAUUUAUAUAUUUAGACUGCAAGACGAUGUUAAUUUGCCCCAACGAAAGAUGAACUGUUCAAAUCUAGAAUGUUUUAGGUUUAGCUAGGAUAAUUUUACACACAGCUCUCAGUACCGAAUUCCACUACUACUACUACUACUACUACUACUACCCUACCACAAAACAAGUCUUAUAAUUACAAUCAGUGAAACAAUCCGCCGAAUGCUGAAUAUGAUCCCGUUAUUUUAUACGUGCGAAGAACCAGUUCAUGGAAGCUGUGAACCACAUUACAAGACUCUAGCGAGCGAAAACACCUACGCUCAGAUUUCCACCUCUAAGAAUUCAUAAUCCGAAUGAUAGGUACCCUUAAAAAACGAACUCGCAGCGGCGAGUAGACCCCGUUGAGUAACAAAAAAAAAAAGACACACAGUCAAUCCGUAACCUUACCCACUUUUUUGUGAAAGUUGUCCUUGAAAAAGCAAGAAAUGAGCAUAAAAAAUUACAUGAACUUAAAACGGGAAUGAAACAUUUUCUACGCAAUUUACAUCAAUUUGAUAAAUGUGAAUAUUUUAAUUAGUAAAGCAACCAGUCAAAUAGUAAAACCAGAAAACUAAAAAUAAAUCAGACACGAUAAGGUUUAAAUAAACGAAUGCAUAACAGUAAAAAAAAAUUCCUAUUAAAACAAUCAUGCAAAUAAUAAGAAAAUCAAACGAUGCGCGGCACACAGGAAAACUGUCAUCAGACGCCCUCACAAUCAUUCCAAACAAUUCCGUACUUGACAGUAAAAUUCUUCGAAUUCCUUAUAGCACCGAAAAAAAAAACAAACAUUUUCACGAUCUUGUCAUCCCCGUACCUUUUCUACUAACCCGUAAUUUUAAUGCGAAGAAAAUAAAGUUUUUAAAAAGGAAUCCAUUUAGGUUUCAAACUUGCUUCUAUAAAUCGGUAAGAUUCGAUGUUUCUAUGUUAAAUGCUUCUGCAUAUGUCUAUCUUUUGGAUUGUCAAAAAAAGCAAGAAAUUUGGGAAUAUUAGGUUGCUAAUGUAGUUUCUCUGCCAAUAAUUUGUUUUGUUUUUACGGAUGCGUUAUAGUUUAGGCAUUUCCGGAAUUUAGCACGUUGAACUAAAAUGGUUCAAUUUCAAGUGUUGGAAUAAUUUUCUCAGAAGAACGGAUUUCAACGCAAUUGAAUUUUGAUUGAAUCACUUACUCCUGAACUUUGUAGGAAAAUCUGUUCCAGUGGAAUCAUAGUUGGCAUAGAGAAAUACACGCUCGUUGAAUGUUACUCUAAAAUGAGUACAAUUUCACUCACUUCUCUUAAAAGAGGAACUACUGUAUAGUAGGAAAAGUUAUAUUUAUUCACUUUUGAACAAACAUUUUCAACAUUUUCAAACAGCACAAAAACGUGCAAAAUCGGGAAAGAAGAAGAAGAAGAAAAUGAAUUGACAAUUCAGUCCGCAUCUUCUCACUCAAUUCCGACAGAUUUCCGAAUCAACCGGUUGUAGGCGAAAUUCAUUCGGAAUCGGUUGUUGCACUGGAGUUGGAAUUGAUUCGGAAUUCCACAUGGCAAAAGUCUGCUCAACAAAAAAUGUCUGCAGCAUUAUAUACAAAAUCUUCAUAUCUACAGAAAAAUAUGCAGAUUUGGCAUCUCUGGUCUAGAUUUUGGCAGCUGUCAGAUUAGCACUGGCAGAAUUCCGCUUGUGAGUAGAGAUGCCAUUCAUACAGAUUUAUCUGUAUUAUACAGAUUUAUCUGUACAUAUACAGAUUUUUACAUACGCAUACAGAAUACAGAUUUGAUACAGGUUUCUUAAAUUUAAUACGAAUCUCCCAAGAAGCAACAUAAAUACUUUUUCGUAUGAGCAACCUAUUAGUAUUCGAUUGCGGUGACAAGAAGCAAAGUCUUCGUCUCAUUGAAUCUACUAUUCUACAGCAACAAUGUGUUGGAAUAACAUUUUUAACAUCAUUUUAUUGUUGAAAUUUAAUUUUGUUAGUGAAUACAGAUAAAUACAGAUUUUUUAUAGAGAGUAAUACAGAUUUCGUAUGAAAAUAUCUGGCAUCUCUGCUUGUGAGGAAUUCUAACAGCUUGGCUAGAAUCUGCCAGCUGUCAAAAUAGCGCAAGCGGAAUUGUGUCAUUCUCUUGUUGGACAUGUUUAGCAAACUCGUAGCUCUUCAUUACAUCUGAGGAACAUAAGUAAGGAAAAAUCCUUAGACCUGGUGAAUAUAUCACUAUCAUAUAUUGUGAGAUGAAAAAUACAUCAGAUUAGAAAUGGGCGAACGGAUUCGCGAACGUUUCAAAAGAACUAGUUCUUCUAGAAGAAAGAGUGAACAUGGGUUCUUUAUUGAAAUAUGAUAGUUUUCUAUUCUUUUCAAUGGAAAUUGAAGACAUCGAAUUAUUAGAAAUCUGAAAACUGAGUGAAAAAAUAGCGAACUUAAUUGACAAUUCGUUUGCAAGUUAACAAAUGUCGAAUCAUCCGUGAUUUCCCUUCUGGAUGACAUUUGAUCGAAGGUUUGAUAGUCUUUCGAAAGAGCGGGUUUCUUUUAAAAUUGUUAGUAAAAAGCCAUCCAAAUCCGGUUUACUCAUUUCAACUGAAGACAUACGAACAAAAGUCAAAAUAUGUUUUCUUAUAACUUCAGAAACGCCCCUGAUAUAAAAAAGAUUAUUUUAAAGAAAUCGCAUGGUGAAUUAUCACUUUCAACCUGUGUAUUAAAAAGAGGAAAUCAAAUUUUACUGGGGAAAUGUGGAAAAUAUCGUAUGCAUGGAGUCCGCCCGCUUGCAUGUGGCGGGCAGAUUUCCCCUUAGAAACCUGGCAGCGUCUGCCAGAAGAUUUUAUCGGAAUGCUGCAGAAUUCCGGCAAAAGUCUGCCAGCAAUGCAACAAACUGUCUCCGGCUGAGAAUUUCGUCUAGCGAUUAUUAACGGUUCUGUUUCUGCCGGAUUUUUGCCAUACAAGACUGGCAGGACCGUUUUGAGUCGGUUGUUCAUUUUUAGCACCUUUGGUUUUUUUCAUUAGAAAUUAAAAUGAAGGGCAAUAGCAUAGCUUUUGCACUAC